AACUUCCGCCAGGUCUAAACGGAAGUAGGUACGUGGCCGCUUCAGCUGACAGUCUACAUGAUGGCGACAGAGGUUCAGAGCGGCGACCUCGACAGUGCUACUUCCAGCCGGCUCGAAGUUUCCAUCGAUGGCCUCACCCUCAGUCCCGACCCGGAGGGCGAGCAGAGCCAGGUCGAAGAGCCGGACGCCAAACCCGCGGAGCCCGAGACCGAUACACCGGGCUCCGCUGGAGGCGAAGAAGAUGGAGAGACUGGCAAAUCUGCGAUAGAGAGGAAAUGGGGCUUUCCUUUGCAAGAGCUGUACGGACUGGGCCUUAAAUUCUUCAAAGAUAAAGAUGGCAAGGCCUUCCACCCGACCUACGAGGAAAAGCUUCGACUGGUUGCUCUGCACAAACAGGUGUUGCUGGGCCCUUAUAAUCCUGAUGCUUCACCCGAGGUCGGCUUCUUCGAUGUUCUGGGAAAUGACCGCAGAAAAGAGUGGGCCUCCCUGGGCAACAUGGAGCGGGAGGAGGCCAUGGUGGAGUUUGUCAAGCUGCUGAACAAGUGCUGUAACCUCUUCGCUCCCUACGUCACCUCGCACAAGAUCGAAAAGGAGGAGCAGGAGAGGAAAAGGAAAGAAGAAGAGGAGCGUCAGCGGCAGGAGGAGGAGGAAAGGGAGCGACAAAGGCAGGAGGAGGAGAGACGGAGGCUCGAGGAGGAGGAGCGGCUGAGGAGAGAGGAAGAGGAGAGAAGACAGGCAGAGGAAGAGCGACUACGGAUUGAGCAACAGAAACAGCAGAUAAUGGCGGCAUUAAAUGCGCAGACAGCAGUGCAGUUCCAACAGUAUGCUGCUCAGCAAUACCCCAACAGCCCCGAGCAACAGCUGGGCCUCAUCCGACAGCUCCAGGAGCAGCACUACCAGCAGUACAUGCAGCAGCUCUACCAGGUCCAGCUGGCUCAGCAACAGGCGGCCUUACAGAAGCAGCAGCAGCAGGCUGAUUUGGUGCAGGGCACCCUGGAUUCUAGUAGCUUCAACAGCAGUGAACCCACCCUCGCCUCAGCAGCGGGACCACUGUGUGCAGCAUCACCGCCUGUUGGAGAGGAAGCCCCCACAGUCAAUGGAGGCCAGUCAGACUCAUACUCGGAGGGCAUGGACCGGGAACCAGAGCCCGAGCCGGCUGAGGAGGUCUCGGAGAACGGGCCUUUAUUAGCAGACUCCCCGCCAGUCAUAGCUGCUCCCUCCAUGUGGACACGGCCACAAAUAAAGGACUUCAAGGAGAAAAUCCGACAGGACGCAGACAGUGUGAUCACAGUGGGGCGUGGCGAGGUGGUGACGGUGCGCGUGCCCACCCACGAGGAGGGCUCUUACCUGUUCUGGGAGUUUGCCACAGACUAUUAUGACAUCGGGUUUGGAGUGUUCUUCGAGUGGACGGAUGCUGCCUCUGCAUCGGUCAGCGUGCACGUGUCGGAGUCCAGCGAUGAAGAUGAGGAUGAAGAAGGUGAUCCUCCCAGCGAGGAGGAGAAGGCGAAGAAGGAGGCGGGGAAGCCCCAGGUGGAUGAGAUUGUGCCGGUGUACCGGCGGGACUGUCAUGAGGAGGUGUACGCCGGCAGCCACCAGUACCCGGGCCGCGGAGUCUACCUGCUGAAGUUUGACAACUCCUAUUCACUCUGGCGCUCCAAGAGUGUCUACUACAGAGUCUACUACACCAGAUAAGCCUGAAUACAGACACUGGGGGAGCCAAGGAGUGUGUAUGUUCAUGUAUGUGUGUGUGUGUGUGUGUAGGUGGAGAUUUUUGUGAUGGCAGCCUGUAUGGGUGUGUGUGUUUGUGUGUGCCGUGUGCAUGUGAGGGAGAAAGUGAUACCAGAUCUAUUCUGGACAAAAACCACCAGAGGGUGACAAAGAGACACAUCUGGAGCCCGACUUUGGAGAUUGGACUAAUAUGUGUGUACUGUAUGUGUAUGCGUGUCCCAAGAUACACCCAUGCUAUAAUGCUUGUCAUCGAGCCCGUGGAAGAGGAGUGUGUAUUCCCGUUGUAUAUUCACCGCCUGUCCUUGCUGCGCUCACAUAGACCAAGCUGUAGGACUUUGCUCUCAUAUUGUAUUUCACCACUUUUCACCCUGGGCUCCUCUUCUGUCACCACCCCAGCCCGACACUGUCCAACGUGGCCUUGUGGCUGUUUCUGCCCUGAGUGACGCUUUUUUUUUUUUUGUGAACGGAAACCUCCAGCGAGUCCCGCACUCCUGCGAGCCAACUGUUUCCUGUUACUGUAGGUGGUAACCGGUGGUUGUUAAUCCCACAAAGAACACAACGAUGAAAAUCAAAUUUAUCUUGCAAAUGUACUUCAUGACACUAUGUUUUCUGUCACAAACACACACAUUAAAAACACCAGUGCACACAAAGUUAAUCAUCCUUUUUUUUUUUUUUGGGUUGUGAAACUGUAGUUUGUGAUUCUCUUCCAUAGUCACCAUGCAUACAUGAAGAUCUGACGGGAUGAUCAGUGGAAGCUGUGCUCUUGUUUUCGCUUAAUCUCUCAUAAAAAAACAACAUUUUUUUUGUUGUUGUUGUUUUUGUUUGUAAUGUUGGAGUGUACUGGCAAAUUUUAUGAAGGACAGGCAGGAAGUCAUUCCAUUGUUUUUGGGUGAACUCCAAAUGAAGUGUUAAACUUUAUAAAGUCGAGCAUCUCAGCGUGUCAUACAGGAUAAGGUGACUCAAUAAACAUUUGCUCUCCCUCUCCCCCACAGAUAUUCGUUUUAUCUGUGUGAUGCCAUUUCAGCUUGUUCUUCUCUACAGCGGUGUGCCUGCUUCUAAGGAUGCACUAAAAUCGUCGAUUGUCCCCCGAAUUCAUCAGUCGUUUCUGAAUGGGAGAGAGAAAAAGGAGCUAGUAUUGAGACAGAAGUAUAUUAAUAUUACCUGGGAGGUUUUUGUGUUUAUCAUUGUGUGUUUGGAGAUUGCUGUACUCAGUUCUGACACACCUAACAAUAAUAAUAAUAAAAGAUUCUAUGUUUUGGAGGUCACGACGCACUGUUACGUCUUUGUAGCGCUCAUAUGUUAAAAAGAAAAAAAGAAAUCCAUCACAAAAUACAGUGCUGGUGUUGAGUUUAUUUUUUCCAACCUGGUAUAAAUUAACUCAAAUUGUCAUCUCAACUACGGUAUCGUGAAUAAACAGAUUACUUCUGUUUGUGUUCUGGAUGAUGUGGUUGCUUACUAACUCAUUUGUGACAUCUAAAUGUAUUCUUUUUUUUUUUCUUCUUUCAAUUUGAUGCCAUGAUUUAGAUUCACUGUCGAUACUGGUGAACCAACCACAUGAUGUUCAGAUCAUGUGGUUGGUUUCAUCAGAUGUUCGGUUUCGACAUUUUCACUCUUUGAGGUGUAGUUGUUCUUUUUUUUUUCUCCUGUGUAUGCAACCAAACUUUAAAAGACAAUGAGGUGGAAAUAACUGAGUAAUCCUCCAAUGUCCUUUUUGUGAGUGUUGAUUCAUUAUAUUAUUUAAUUCGGGGCCACUCCUGCCUCCUGUCCAUUCAGUGAUUCGUGUAACAAAAUGUCACCACUUAUGGCAAAAAAUGAAGCCCAGAAAGUUUUAAGAAAGUUCCCAUAUGUUCUGAAGUGUGAUGUCUGUUUUUUUUUUUUUUUUUCUUAACGCUCACCAAAUGGUUUGAGCCGACUCGUUCAAGCCUUGUAUGUAAAUAAUUCUACAAAUUAAGUUUAUGUAUGGGUUUUUAGAUGUGGAAGAAGGUUAUGGUCUGGAGAAUCAAUGCACUGUAAAAUAUGGUGAAUGAGAUAUAUAUGUAUACAUUUUACCCUGAAUGAAAGUCCAAAACUCGUAGGAAGUGUAAGAACUCUGUUGACAGACAUGAACAGACAGAAAAAGCUCAUCUUUUUGUAUUGUUUUGACUUGUUUGGAUCUCUUAUGAGUUACAAGAUCUUUUUUGGGCAUAUAUUUAAUCUUGAUUAAACUUAUGUUCAUCUCUAGAA